GACUCGCUAAUUGUGAGCGUGAGAGGGACCCGAGCUGAGGAAAAGUGUGUGAAGAGGAGAGGCAGAGAGAGAGAGGCCGCUCGCGCUGCUCCGUGUGUCUCUCCGCUCCGUGUUCCGCGGGAUUAAGCUCCUCCGCGCGCUCGGGGGACAGACGGAUGUACCGGCGGUCGCUCGCGCUCAGCCCGGAUCCCGACCACUGAGGAGGAGCAGAGGGUCUCGGGAGGUCUUCUCCGUCCUGCUCUGUGUUCCGCUCGCGGGGGAAGGAAGGAGACGCGGGGGCGCGUGUCUGCUGCAGGCGUCCGGAGCGCCAUGAAGCUCCCGUGCUGGACGGCUCUCGCGCUGCUGCUGCUCGCGCACACCGUGGCGGCACAGCACAGAUCAUCACGGCCAGUGGACCAGGAGAGCUCUGGAGAUGAACUGUAUGAUGAUGAGGACUUUUACUCUGGUUCAGGAUCAGGCAUCCCAGAAACAGAAGCAGGUCCUACUAAAGUGGGCGUGUCCUUUACCACAGAACAGCCCCCACCACUUUCAACAACACAGGCCACCGGACAAGCACCGUCUGCCCCACCGGCCCCAGAACCCAGCAGCACCCCUCCACCAGAAACGGAGCGCGAGAGCGGCGUGGAGUGGGAGAGAGAAAGCGAGAAGGACAGGGAACUGGAGAUGGAGCUGGAGAGAAAACGAGAGCAGGAGGAAAUGGAGAGAGCACGGGAAAUAGAGAGGGAGCGGGAAAGAGAAGAAGAGCGAGAACGAGAGAAGGAAAGAGAGAGAAUGCGAGAGAUUGAAAGAGAGAAAGAGCGAGAGAGGGAAAGAGAGAAAGAACGAGAGAGGGAGAGAGAAAGAGAGCGAGAGCGGGAAAGAGAGAGGGAGAGAGAAAGAGAGCGCGAGAGGGAGAGAGAAAGAGAGCGGGAAAGAGAGAGGGAGAGAGAAAGAGAGAGAGAGCGAGAAAGAGAGCGUGAGAGGGAAAGAGAGAGAGCUAGGGCAAGGACUACCAUAGAGCCCAGGUACCCUACUGUUCCAGUGCUGAUCACAGGCCCUCCUGUAACCGUGGCCGAAGCAGAGGACCUCACCACCACAGAAGAAGAAGAAGAAGAAGAGGAUCUGUUCAUCUCCACAGAACCGACCCCACCAUUCGACCCAUUCAGCGACGAGGAUGACAUCACCACCACUGAGGUUCUUCCCAGCACUGCUGUCUCCACUACAGCUGAGCCAACCACGAGUCCAACCACGCCCAGCACCGCCCCUCUGCGGCCACGCAAACCACAAGCCACACCCAGCCAGGCAGUGCCCACUGAAAGCAGCGCACGUCCAGCACUCACCCCUACUGUACAGGUGAGAUCUCCAGAGGCAACAGUUAAUAAUGAAGUGGCCGGGGCGGGUCCCAGUGGGGAUUCAGAGAACCGAGAGGAUGAAGGUCGGCUAGGCAAUGAUGUUGGAGGAGGCAAAGGUGUGACUGAUAAUGGGGCGGAGCCUGAUUUGACCGGCAACACAGUAGACACUGGAAGUUCGGCUGCUCAGCUUCCUCAGAAAAACAUCCUGGAGAGGAAGGAAGUUUUAAUAGCUAUUCUGAUUGGGGGACUGUUUGCCUUUGUAUUUGCAGACUUCCUGGUGAUAGCGGUGAUUGUUGGAGGUGUGGUCGGCGCACUCUUCGCUGCAUUCCUGGUCAUGCUACUUGUUUACCGGAUGAAGAAGAAGGAUGAGGGCAGCUACACACUGGAUGAGCCCAAACAAGCCACAGUCACCUACCAGAAACCAGACAAGCAGGAGGAAUUCUACGCCUAAAGAAACCCUACACUUUCUCCUUUUUUGCAUCCCUCCAUUUUCCUUCUAGCCUCUUCUUAUCUUCUUCUCGCCCUCCUUCCUUCCCUCACCUCAUCUCGCUCUCUUCCUCUCCCGACUCCCAUCUUUUCUCCAUGAGAGUGCCUCUCACUCUACUGACUUGGGACUUUCUUUUGAAUGGAAAAAACAAAACAAAAAAAGAUUAAAAAAAAGGACGUGGCUGUGGACAGACAGAAUUUGAUGGAAUGGGCUCGGGGAGGGGCAGGGAAUCCACACAUAUGAAGAAAAGGAAAAAAAAAAACUUUUUUAAUCUAUUGAUAUGUUUAGGAUUGUUGUUCUAUAAAAUGAUGAUAUGAAACCUUUUUUGUAAAGACACACAUGCUCUUCAACUGCACAAUAUUCCUCUCCAGCCGAACACAGGAGUCAAGAAGAGAGCGAACAAGAGAGAGGGAGCGAGGAGGGAAAAGAAAGAAGCAGAGAGGGUCAUGGAGGGACAAAGAGGGCCAAUAGGGAGGGAGCAAGCAAAGAAAAAAAAAGGUAGAGGGGUGGAGGAGGAAUGCCGAGACCACACUACUCCAAACAGAUCGCACUUCUGUCACAAAGGUCAAAGGUCUACUACCAUUGUGUGGUGCCUUCCAUUUCCCUGGUGCUAGAAGCUGAGCUUGAGCAGAGACCGUGCGGCGUGCGUAUGUGUAUGUGUGUGCGUGUCUGUGUGUGUGUGUGCAUGUUCUCUGUAAGAGGCUGUGUGCCCUCACGGUGCUGCCAUCUGUGACCUUAGCCCAACCGCACACAGCCUCUUAUACACACAUAUACACACACAUGCAUGCACAAACACGCACACACACAUAUACACAUGCACACGCAGUCUGACUCCCUCUGCUGGCGAGAGUGCAUGUCAGCAAGGCCGGCCUCGAUGACCGUGGUACUAUUUGUUUGGAGCAGAGAGCCUAAAGGAAACCAUAGAACUACAGUAAUAAAGCGUACGAUUUUACGAUUAACACAGCACAUAUAAUAAACAUGGAGGAAACAUUUGCUGUGAGGAAGUGCAUGCAAAAGAGUCAGAGGACUAGCCCCUCCUCUGUUCUGUACAAAGACAAUUAGUUAUCAAUAGUAAUAAUAAUCAAUAAUAUAUCAGCAGCUCUGAAUGGAAGGUAAAAGAUGAUAAUAUUAUUAGUAGUGAAGGAUAUUAUCUAUUUAGCUGUGCAGUAAAAGUUUUAUUGGUGUAAAUAUCAACUCCUUUUUUAUUUUCGAUUUUAUCAUGCUUUUAAUUAUGUCUUUUACUUAAUGAACAUCUUUUCACACAAAUACACGCAUACAAACACUCACACACACUAUACUCAUCAAUUUAAAAAUAUCAAAAAGGCAACAGGAGUCUAAAGAACUUUUUAUUUUCUUUGAAAAGUUUGAGUGAACUUUCUUCUUUCACAUCGCUUUAGCAUAAAAGAGAAAAAGAGACUUCCCAUUAGAUUUCACACGAUUUCAGUAUUUUUUAUUGAUCGUCGAUCAGCUUUCCGGCCUUUGUGUAAAAAAAAAUUGAAAAAGAAAAGAAACAAAGCACAAGCUCACAAGACUGUCUCACUGACUGUGUUUUGACACUCUCACACAAACCACAUUCACACAUACUAUGCUGUAUAGGCUGAAUUUGGAGAGAGUUUAAGAGGAAUGGGAACAGGUCAGGGUGGGGCGGGAACUUUUGUGGGUAGGAAUUAAGGGCUCAAGGAUUCAGGUUUGAUUUCAGACUAGGGGUGUUUUUUACAUCUACAGUUGGUUUGCUUUGGUCCAAAUCAGUUAAUGAGUUUCUUAACUUGGAGUGUUUUUCAGAUUUGUCAGUCUUCUCUCCUCCAAGCUCACUGAGCUUUCCAGUUUUAAUAAUUAGAGCUGUUUCACCUUCAUUUGGUUUGGUUUGUUUUCACAGAGGGAAAGCUACAUAUGUACCAAAAUUCAUUAAAACCAAACACACAGACUUUCCUCUCUGCUUAUUGAUUAGACUUAAUAACGUUAAGAAAGUAAAUUUGGGAAGAAGGUCCUGUGUUCUGGAUUGGUGCACAUUUCUGUGCAGUUUAACGUGCACAAAGCAACAGCAGAGAUGGCACUUGUUCAAAGCUGUAGUAAUUAUCUGGCAACAUACCAUGAUAAACUACGCCUGCAACACACUGUUUAGUACAUCUGAUGUUUGAAUUGAGGUCAGAUCACAAUCUCAUCCACAAAUGAACCAUUCCAGAUUUUGCUUGGGAGCAGGCCCAGACCACCUUCUCUUAGGGGUCUCGGUUCAGUGGAGUGUGACUACUGUGUUCACACCUGCCCAAAUGAAUUGUAUAAAGGGUGAAAACAAACCAAAUUUGAUUGAUCCAGUCUAAUAAAUCUAGGUGUAAAAAAUGCCCUUAAAGUCGAAGGAAUUGACUCAUGCUUCACAUGGAAUAUUGUGUCAUACACUGGGAUACACCCUGCGUUAGGCGUUUUUUUAACAGAAUUGAUUUUGGGACUCCAGGGAGGGACGGAAGUGUUUCUAUAGCUGCUUUUGGUUACGUUGUCUAAUUGUGUUCAAAGUGCUGUUCGUCGAGGUCACUGAAACUAAACGGCUGCACAGUUAGAGUUAGGUAUCAGUGCAUGAUGUAGCAAUAAUACAGCUAUUUAACAUCAACACACUCAUAUCACGCUGUCGCCCUCCAGUGCUGGCGAGGGAGAAUGUAUAUCACGUGCUCUCAUGCAGAUGAGGUGCGAUGCCACUGCCUGGCCUUUUGUAACCUUAUUAAAAAAAAAAAAAGAAAUAUGCUGUAGAAGGAGAUUGAAGAUUGGCGUUACCAAUAAUACCGUAUAGUCACAUAUCCUUUUGUGCACAGUGGGUCAGGGAUAGGUCUGCGGGCCACUUAGCCUCAGCACAAGCAUUAGAGAGCGCUGUACAGUAUGUCCCUCACUGCCUGCUGUAGCAGACCACUGGUAAAGUCAUGCACUUAAAACAUAUCACUAUGAUUGGAGGAGUUGAGGGGAUUUAAUACUAACAGACUGAAAAUUGAACCACAUUUCUUAGGCUAUGUUUACACAGUAGGUUAAAGUAGCCAAAAUCUGAUUUUUUUAGGCUGUUCUCUUUACCCUUUUUACAUAUAUACCUUUAUCUAAAAUUCAUCUGAUAAGUUCUUGUUCCUAAAGCUAAUGCACUAAUGCACAUGCGCAAAAUAGAAAAGGCAAUAUGUUAUGUAGCUCACUUCUACUCAGUGGCAAUAUGAUGGAUGUCAAGUCAGACUGACAUAAAAGUCACAUGAAAUCUGGCUGUUCAGACUAAGCAGCAUUGCUGUGUAUUGGAUAUAUAUUAGAUUUCAGUACCACACAAAAGGCUCCAUGUUCACUGCCAGCCCAACCCCUAUUUUUUAAUCUAUAUUGUGUCCAGAUUGAUUUUUGAUAGUCUGAAGAAUUUGCAAAUCAAAUUUAAACAAUACUUGGAUGUGGUUUGAAAUGUGAUGUGCCUGGAUGCUCUGCCAGCUCACACUCCAUUAUUCAUAAUGCAACAAACAUCAGCCUUGGUGAACAGCAUUAACAGCAUCAAAUCUGAUUAAAUCCAAUCUGAUCACUGGCAAAUAACAGUGUGGACAGUCAUCUUAACAGAUCUGAUUUGAAGAACAAUCCUGCAAAUUUGUCUACAGUCUGAACAUAGCCUAAGUGGCCCAAAUUAGAACUGAAAACAUCAGAUUAAGUGUGUUUGUGCUUUUCACACUGCCAUAGAGAGAAUGCAAAUGAUAAAAGAAAUGAUGGUUUUAGCAACUUUAACCUGUUUUGUAAAUGUAGCCCUAGUUUCUUAGUACAGCCUGUUCGUUUCCCCCCUCAUAUCAAAGAGCUGCAAUACUUGAAAGCUCCAUCAAUACAGAAGGUGUGCAGGUCCCACAUCAGAGGCCAUGUUUAAAGGAUGUGGGGGAAACCUUCCAAUGAGGUCAUAGGCUGUAUGUACUAUCAAACUAUCAAAGAUUGUAAUAUCAGACCAGUGCAACUGCGCCUGUAGCUUGAAUAUUCUACCCGAACCUGUAUGAUCAUGUCAUGCCUGUGUGUGUGUGUGCAUGUGUGUACCCAUGCGCUGGCUAGAAUGUAUCUAGCGGAAGGUUUUUUUGUUCCUUCUCCAGUGUUUCUUCCAUGAUGAGUGAGCUAUUCCAUGGAGCAGGAUUUCUCCAGUUAGCCGGGUAGCGAGGCUGCCUGUUAUAAAUAACUCCUGUGUCUCUGAUUAACCUUUAGCUUAAAUGUUUAGACCUACUGCGCUAUCUUCUCACUUCAUGAGACGAUGCCUAGUACACCUUCCCCUAUACUCUUAAACAGAAAGGUGCUACACCUGAAAGGGUUCUUUAGGCAAUGCCAUGUCAUUAAUUCAUCAGUGGCAGAUCAUCAAAUCUGGACUUUGAAUCCAGUCAUGGAUUUUAUAAUCACUGGAAAUUUAGGGAACAUCAGAUGUAAGUAAUGGAUUUUUAUUGGAUUUUGCACUUUUCUGGUAAUACAAUUAGUCAUGAAAUCUGCAGAGCAGGAUAUGCAAAAAUAUGAUUUAUUGAUUUUUUCUAUUAUCUAUUUACUCAAAAUGUAUUGUAUGUUCUGAAAAAAUUGGAUUAUGGCAUGUAUGUAAACACAAUCAUUAAUUUGCCACGCAGAGUCACACUUACCAAGGAUCACAAAAUUCAGGAAAGGAAACUGAAUUCAAAGUCCAAAUUUGAAGACCUCUACCAUAGAAGAAACAAUUUUGAUAGAUCUAAGGUAGUGUGUGAAGAACCUUUAGUGGUUUUGAGAUGUAUGCAAGAAUCGUUUUAUCAGUUUAAAGGUUCUUCUAAUACAAACUAUUCUAAGACAAGGGGCUUUAUGGUAUAAAAAUGGUUCUUCUAUGUCAUUGGUCAAAGAACCCUUUGUAGCUCCUUCUUUUUCAAGAGUGUACAUUCGUAAUUGUUACUGUAAAACAUCCACAUUACCCUACAUAUCUCUUCGAAAACAAGACUGGUCACAAUAUGCACCUUAUAACUGGGGCCUUUGGAUAAUUCCUUAUGACCAGACUGACCAACCAUAUCAUACGCCGGAGAUUCAAUACAUUAACAUUACCGUCAGUGAUAACCGGUAGUACCUUCAUUACAAUCAAUACAAUUCCUACAGCAGAUCAUAGAAUCACUCACUCAUGCCUACAGUUUGACUGUUGUCUUCAGGUUUCAAGGUAUUAUGAUUGUUCCUGGAUUUGUAAGGAUACAUCUCUAUUUUAAAAUGUCUGGGAGUUAGCGAUUCUCAUUAAGAGUGACGCUUGGAAUUUCCAUGGAAUAUCACCUACACAAAUAAAUAAAAACAGUACUCCACCUGCCUGACCCACAUACACCUGUUACCAACACAACUACACAACCACACUAUCUCCAACACACCUGUCUGUUCACUUGGGAAUGUCCGGCGGUCACUGUGUGUUAAAGUGGAUAGAUUUGUCUCAGUGGAUUUUGUUCAAUUGCUGUUUUUUCUACUCAACUACCUUUGACCUGUCACUCUUUCUACCCAUGGCCAAAUAAAGAGGUGGGCCUUCCUGUGUCUGUGCCAAUCACAGACCAGCAUGGUCUUGAUGUGAUGACUGACCAUUGUGUUUUAUACAUGCCCAUUUUUUAAGAGCUGAUUUGUUUUCUCUUUUUUCUCAUUGGUUGGUUUGUGUAUAAGGAGGCGAAGUUCUGUCACUAAUAUGCCACUCUGUUCUAAAUAAAAGACCUUAUUGGG